AUGCCGUCUAAAAAGAUAGCUCCUUACGGGGAUUGGGAGUCACCCAUCUCAGUAGAUUCUAUCGUAUCUAAGACCAGAAGCCUCUCUGCACCAAGAGCUAAUCUCAAAUCGGGAAGAGCUUUCUACACUGAAAGUCGUGAGAACGGAAGCACCACUAUCGUCGAGAUUCUCAAAGAUGGCAGGAGAGAAAUUCUUCCUUCUGAAUACAGCGCCAAGAAUACUGUUUAUGAGUAUGGAGGCUCGCCUUACGCUGUUCUACCGGAUGAUCGUAUCAUCUUUUCCAACAAGGGUGACACCGUUCACAUCGUCAAUCCUGACACCAAGGAAGUUUCCAAGUUAACUGGCGAUCCGAAACUGCGAUACUCUAACUUUGAGGCCAAUUUGAAGAGUACCUGGGUGCUGGCUACUCAAGAAGAUCAUGAGCAUGAUACUCCUGAUGGCGUGCGCAAUUACAUCGUUGCGAUCAAUACCAAGACUGCAGAGGUGAAGAGGAUUCUUGAUACAGCUGACUUCUACUACGAACCCUCAUUCAGUCCUGACGGUUCUAAACUUGCGUGGCUGGAGUGGAACCAUCCCGAGUUGCCCUUUGACGCAGCGAGACUGUAUACUGCGACAUGGAACGACGAAGGUUCAAUCUCAGACAUCCGUCUGGUAGCCGGCAAGGACCGUGAAGGCGUAGCGGAGCCCAGAUGGGGACCUGAUGGAUCGCUCUUCUUUGGUAAAGAGAUCGGUGAAUAUCGUCGUUUAUUCCGCAUUCUUCCUGGCAGCGAUGAGCAGCACGAAGUGAAGGUGGAUGGCCUUGACAAUGCCGAAUUUGGCGGAUUGCGAUGGUUCCAAGGAUGUCACACCUACGCACCUUUGUCUGAUCGACUCCUUGUCGCAGCGCCAGUUAUCCUUGGACAAAGUAGAGUCAUUGUUAUUGACAUGGAGUCCAACUCUUGGAAGGACAUCGGAGACGCUGAAAGCUUGUCAGAAGUAACACUGGAUGCAGUAGCUCGCCUGAGUGACACCUCAGUUCUUAUCAUUGGAGCAGGCGAGACGUCUGGUAAGGCUUUGUAUAGAAUCGACGUCGAAGGCAAAAGCCAGAUCACUCAAUUGCGAGGUUCUACAGACGAUGGCUUUCCUACAGACUUCUGCUCGAAGCCUAUCUUGAAAUCCAUCCGCUCAAAGGGACAACCUCAGCGAGAAAUCCAUGGCUUCCUCUGGCUGCCGCACAAUCCUAACUUUCUGGCACCGGAAGGAGAUCUUCCUCCUCUCAUCAUGACCAGCCACGGCGGACCAACAUCUUACACUGGCCCUGGUCUGAACCCCCGAACUCAAUACUUUACUUCACGAGGCUACGCUGUUCUCGCCUUCAACUACAAAGGCUCUUGUGCCCAUGGCCAAGCAUAUCGCAAUGCUCUAUGGGGAAAUUGGGGACUGGUUGAUUCAGAUGAUGCUGCUGAAUUCGCAGAUAACUUGACGGAAAGUGGCCAGAUCAAAACUGGAGGAGUUGGUAUCACUGGUGUCAGUGCAGGAGGAUACAACACCCUUCAAAGUCUGACUCGCCAUGCAAAGACAUUCGCUGGCGGUGUAUGUCUCUCCGGCGUAAGCGACAUCAAGCGCCUAGACGACUCUACACACAAGCUAGAAUCAGAUUACACCGACCAUCUGGUUCUAGCACCAGGUGUAGACAAGAGUGAGAAGGACAAGAUCUGCCGUGAAAGAAGUCCUCUGUUCGAAGCCGAGAAGAUCACUGCUCCAUUGCUGCUCUUGCACGGUGGUUCAGACAAGAUCACGCCGCUGGACCAAGCUGAAGAGAUGGCCACUGCGAUCAAGAAGGCAGGUGGUAAUGUUGAGCUUAUAGUCGUUCCUGAAGAAGGUCAUGGAUUUUCACAGCCGAAGAAUGUGGAUGAAGCCGACCAUCAAUCCAGCGUAACUGCUUGUAUGCGGAUCAAAAGACCGCAAGGGCUACGAGAAGCUCUUGCACGGCGUCUGAGUCCUGGUUCUGUCCUAUUUUCGAAGAAUGUUUAUCAUGUUGAUCAGACGUCUGGUUUCAAGCGUGUCUUGACUACAACUGAUGGGGAUACAUUUGAGUGCUCAAGAGUCAUCAUGGCUGUCCCAUCCCCUAAUGAACAUAUCGACUUUAGCCCUGUCCUUGGAGAACCUGGGCAGUGGAGUCAGGAUCAUGAGUCCCCAGACUUCUGCGUCAAAACAGUAUUGACAUACGACCAGCCCUGGUGGAGGACGAAAGGACUUAGUGGAUAUUCCCAGAGCAUGCAAGGCCCAAUCUGGCAAACACACGAUACUUCGAACGAUGAAGACGGAGUGUAUGCCCUUACAUGUAUCGUUGCAGGCGAGUCAGGCCGUGAACUGUGGAAGAAGAACCAGCUUGAGCGGAGAGAAGCGAUAUUGGCACAUCUGAGAGAUGUAUUUUCCAUGUUUACAGCGAUCCCGGAUCCCAUUUUAAGAAUUGAGCCAAAGGAUACACCGAAAACUAGGUGGGCUUCAGACAUCGCGGGACUUUUGUAUGCUGGUGGCCAGGAGGCGAACGGUAGGGUUCACUUUGCAGGUUUCGAGGCGGAUGAUUUGUUGAAAUCUCAUUUGGAAGUGGCUUUAUCAUCUGGAAGUAGAGCUGCAGGCGAUGUCUUGACUGCUAUGGUCCCCAAGGAAGAGUUGAUACUUGCUAAGCUUUGA